GAUGUGCUGGCGGUGAUGUCUCCUCCUUGUCUAAUUCUGCCGACAUGGCUUGAGAGAGAGAGAGAGGGGGACUGGGGCGGCCAAAGGGGGAAAACGAAGGCAGCUGAAGGAAAACAGAUAGGACGGCUUGAAGGCUUUAUGGUGCAGAAACGCGUUGUUGUCAUUGCGGGAAAGUUCUGGGUUCACAGAGAAUUGUGGGACGAUGACAGACGCCAGUGAGAUGUUGGCGGCAGCCCUGGAGAGGAUGGACGGGAUCAUUGCAGGCUCCAAGGCCCUGGGUUACUUCAACGGGCUCUAUGGCUGCCAGUCCCCGACGUCACCGUUGAUGGGCGGCCUGCAGAUUCUGCACCUGCUGGAGGACCUGCGGGGGGCGCUGGAGAUCAUGGACCCGGAGGAGAGGGAGAGGCUGCGCUGCCAGAUUCCAGAGCCCACUGCCGAAACCCUGGCGGAGUGGCUACAGGGCCCCCUGGCAAAUGGGCACAACCCGUCAGGCGAUGGUGAUCUGUAUCUGGACAGGCUUGCUCGACUGGAGACCAACAGGGAGUCAUUGGUGCUGCAGGUGAGUGUCCUGACAGACCAGGUGGAGGCGCAGGGAGAAAAGAUCAGGGACCUAGAUCUGUGCCUUGAGGAACACCGGGAGAAGCUGAACGCCACGGAGGACAUGCUGCAGCAGGAGCUGCUGAGCAGGACAACACUGGAGACGCAGAAGCUGGACCUGUUGGCCGAGUUGUCGAGCCUGAAGCUGGAGCUGACUGCCAUGGAGAAGGGACGACUUGACUACGAGCAGAGGCUCAUGGACAAAGAGGAUCUGAUCCAGGAAGUCAUUCAUCUGAAGACACAAGUCAGAGAGAUGGAGAACGAAAGACUUCAGUAUGAGAAGAACCUGCAAUCCACAAAGGGGGAGCUGGUCGCGAUGUACGGGCAGCCGGAGGGCAGCAGCGGUAAGAGACUGCAGGAUGAGACGCAGCUCAGGGGCACCGCCCUGGAGGGUGCAGACAGCGUUGAGGGUGAAAAGAAAGUGAAAGAUGGUGAUAUUGAAGAGAGUUGCCAAGACGACCCCAAUGCAGUAUCCAACAAUGUUCCUGUCAGUGUGGAAACAGAGACAGACACCCUGCCCAGUGUGAAGGAAGUGACACAGACAAGCCCUGACGAGCUAGUGAUGUGUGUGGGACCUCUCCCCGUGUCGACCCCUAAGCCAGAGGACACUCCUAAACUGGAACAGGCAAGAGGGCCGGAGCUAGCAGCGUCAGAUGGCUCACCAAAUCUCACUGAGGCAGACAGUAUGCAGGGAAAGAAUGUGGAUCAGAAGGAGGCAUGCAAGGAGGUCACUGGGGAGCACAGUCCCCCACUCAAGUCCCCCGCCACCGCAGGACCCACGGAAGAUGGCUUUGGUACCAAGAAAGCACGGUCCUCUUUUGGCCGUGGCUUCUUCAAGAUUCGGAGGGGCAAGAGAGCUGCCAGCGCCCCUGACCUGGCAGAGACGGAGUGUGAAAGGACGGAGCAGCUGGACUUAGGGUUGCCUCAUCAGUCGCCAAGCAACAACAGCACCCACACCCUGCCCUGCACCCCAGAGCGGAAGAAGUCCAGCGGAAUCAGGAAGCUCUUUGGGAAGCUGAAGAGAAGCCAUUCAACUUCGUUUAACCUGGACAAUGACGUGUCAGUGGCAGAGUUCAAAAGGGGUGGAGUCAGGGCCACAGCAGGCCCUCGGCUGGGCUGGUCACCUGACCAGCAGGGGACCACCAACGAGGUAGACGCACCCUUCGGGAAGUGGUCGAGAGAACAGGUGUGCAGCUGGCUACAGGAGCUGGGCCUGGGUGUGCACAUGGGCGUGGCCAGGCAGUGGAUCACCUCAGGCCAGACCCUGCUGCAGGCAUCCCAGCAGGACCUGGACAGGGAGCUGGGUAUCAAACAUGCCCUCCACAGGAAGAAAUUAAAGCUGGCCCUGCAGGCACUGAUCUCAGAGGAGGAUGACAGCAUGGGCAAACUGAACUGCAGCUGGGUGACCAGGUGGUUGGAUGACAUCGGACUGCCACAGUAUAAGACCCAUUUUGAGGAGGGGAGGGUCGAUGGUCGCAUGAUUCACUACAUGACUGUGGAUGACUUGCUCUCUCUGAAAGUCAGCAGUGUGCUCCAUCACCUGAGCAUUAAGAGAGCCAUUCAGGUCCUCCGUCUCAACAACUACCAGCCCGACUGUCUGCGUCGACGCCCUUCGGACGAGGGCAAUGUCACCCCGGCAGAGGUGUCCCAGUGGACCAAUCACAGAGUGAUGGAGUGGCUACGCUCUGUGGACCUGGCAGAGUAUGCUCCCAACCUGAGGGGCAGCGGUGUGCAUGGGGCACUCAUGGUUUUGGAGCCCCGCUUCACGGUGGAGACCCUCGCCCUGCUGCUUAACAUCCCUCCCAGCAAGACGCUGUUGCGGCGCCACCUGGUGACCCACUUCCACCUGCUGGUGGGGCCUGACGCCCAGCACAGCAAACAGGAGCACCUGGAGUGUCCCGAGUACACCCCCCUCACUGCCACUGCCAAGGUCAAGCCCAGAAAGCUGUCAUUUGGCAGUUUUGGCAGCCUGAGGAAAAGAAGGCAGGAGGAGAGUGAGGAAUAUGUGUGCCCCAUGGACGUGGAGAUGCCCUGGGGAGCCAGCUUCCAGAGGAGUCAUGGUAGCCUGGACCUGCGGCUUUACGGGGAUGACCUGGAACAGCUGGAACAGAUGGAGGACUCAGAGGGAACCGUGAGGCAAAUUGGUGCUUUCUCUGAGGGCAUCAACAAUUUGACAAGCUUGCUGAAGAAAGAUGAGUUCCUCAGAGAGAUGCCCACAUGCUCACCCAGUGGCAACACGACAGAGGACUCCGAUGCGUGCGGGCAGCAGGGAGCAGCUGGAAGUGACAGUGCCAACACUACCCAUUAGCACACCGUCACCGGUACCUUACCUGUGAGGUCCAACCCAGGGCAAGGGUCAUAUA